CGAUCUUCCACCAAUUCGAUAGUUCAGACCUGACCAUGGCGUAUCGCGAUCUGACUGGCCGCUUCCUGGGGCGACGAGCGAACCUGCGCAAGCGCAACUUGCGCUUUCAGAUGCGACCACGGCUGGACAACUCGCCACUGCUGGGCGCGCUGUUUCUCUCGAAGCAGGUAGCGUAAUGAUUGCCAGGGUCAUCGCCGCAGUCUAAUGUAAGAAUGACAUUGCUGGUGUCAGAGAAACAAAUCGCAGGCGAUGGAGAAGGCUUUGCUUCAGGACGCAGAUGAAUUUCCCGGAGAACACAGUGAUGUCCACAAACCGGAGUGGACACGAUUUGCGGACAGCGCAGAUGAAUCCAUUCGCCUCCUGCACGCGAAAUUGGAAUAUUUGCAGCUGCUACAUACUCGGAGAUUAAUGAUCCGGUUUGACGAUUCGGAGGUCCAGCAAGAGCACGAGAUCAAUUGCCUUACCGAGGAGAUCACAGCAUUGUUCCACAAGGCAGAUCGAUCACUCAAAAAAAUUACCAGCGCUUUUGUUGGGGGCGAGACGAGUCCAUCACCAGCAGAUUGUCUCGUUCGCUUGAACACACAACGAGCCAUUGCAGGUCGACUGCAGCAAAUAUCUAUGCAGUUUCGAACGAGGCAGCGCGAGUAUCUUCAGCGUCUGCAGGUGCAAAAAUUCGGAAGCGAAAUUUUCGACGUAGAUGCAAUGGAAAAGGGGGUGACAGGUGGGGGCUACCGAUUCGGGAGUAAGAUCACCGCCUUGGCAAUGGACCACACAGAAUACGACAUACGGACUCGUGACAUUGAAAUCCAACGUAUAGCGAAGUCGGUGGCAACGCUGGCAACCAUUUUCAAGGAAGUGGCCGAGAUGGUGAUCGAUCAAGGCACACUCAUCGACCGGAUCGAUUACAACAUGGAGCAGGUCGUCGAAAGAAUGCGAUCCGGACUGGGUCAGCUCGAGCGAGCCGAGAAGUAUCAGCGCAACACGCGGCCUGAGCGCUGCAUCUUCUUGUUGCUAACACUGAUCACAUUGUGUUUCUUCAUCCUCGUUAUUAAACACUCUUGACCGGUCGCAUCAAUACGCAUGGGGCGUCAGGAUCCCGAUCGGAAGACUAGGCAAGCGUUCCGCGCGUCCACUGGACCAGCGGAAAGAAAAGAACUUCCACCACUCCUCUUCCAGACCGACAGACUCUGCACGCUUUGAACUAAAUCCCCGUGAUGUACUCAUACUUCACCCAUCUUUUCCAAACUUGUAACCCGCUUGAAGGUAGUACCUGUUUGUUCAUUCUUUAUAAAAAAAAAAAAAACACUCUUGAUCAGCACAA